CACAAUAAUCACCGUUAACUUAAACAUACUUUCAGUACAAAAAAUAGAUAUCGUUACUGUCGAAGGAACAAUGGGUGACUCCUUGAAACGUUUACUGCAGCGACUCAUAAGACGGAUACCGACUCAAAUGCUAAAACUAACGCUGGAGAAGUGGGGCCGUUUGACGAAGGCACAGCAGCAGUCCAUGGAUUUUACCCAACCAAAGUGGGUGUUAACGGAAAGGCUACUGGGCAUUUGUGAGGAAAACGAGUGGACAGUUAAGCACAUCACAGAACUUGAGAUGAUAUACGUCAUGGACAAUCCAAACCAGGGGAUGUGGAAUGCCUUCCAGCUCAUAGACCCAGAAGAUGAUUUUCAAUCUGUGGAGUUGAUGAAGUUCAAGGAACAAUUUAAAUAUCACCUUGGGGAACUCGUAAAACACGUGUCUGUCAAAAUGAAGAAGCACACAGAUGAAGCUGUAUGGAUUCGGAUUGCGUGGGGAGACAGCUUCUCUCGGCCCAACCACCUGAAACCUACAUAUGUUGUUCACCAGCUUCAAGCUCCGUAUGUUUAUGUGACCAGCCUGACUUUGAAGCAAAAGCCCCUGUUAUCCCAGGCCUUGAUUUUGGCCACCAGAUAUCAAGCUCUUAAGGAUGCUAACCUCAGUGGACGGAAUCUCACUGCCAUUAGGGACCUGCUGAUGAGGCAAUAUCAACAGGUGUUUCCCACAAGGUAUCCCAGCCCUCUUGCAGAAAAAAAUGAAACGGUCUCAAACACACACAUAGAAAGAGAACAAGCAAUGUUUGCAGCUAACAGGCAUCGGAUGUCAUGUGAGGCUUUUGGUGAUGGGACGCUACCUCAACUACAGUCUGUAGUUUACAAGCUGGAGACAAAAUUCAGAGACCCCACCAAUAAGACCAUGUCAGAGCGGGAGGAGCCCUUCAGAUGUGUUGUCAAAUUUGCGAGCACCAAUAUCCUGGAGUCACUCAGACACUGUGCAUCGUCAGGUAUUGUCUCCACCCCUGUUACACCCCUGCUCUCAUCUAUUCCCCUAAAAGGAAAGAAUUAUUUUGUCAUCACAGACAACGGCCCUGGACCCUCUUCACAAAAGCGCCAACCACAAAGCUAAUGUGUGACAGAAUAUUAAUU